CAACUCUCAAGUCCUUGCGUACAACCAAAACAAAAAAUGUUCUUUUCUUUUCUCUUUCCUGGUUUUUAACUUACAGCUUGUUCUUUUUUUGUAAUCAUGUAAUAAUUUGAAGGUUGAUUGGACCCCUUCAUAAAGUUCUGGUCCUAUAAGUAUCAUAUCAUGUCUUCUCCUAGGUUAAAGGAAACAUAAGACACUGGGAAAUAGUUUUUGUUCAGUUCUGAGAGGGGGGAAGUAUACACAUACAGAUGGGGCGGAGGCCUUGUUGUGCUAAGGAUGCUGGGUUGAACAGAGGUGCAUGGACUGCCCAUGAAGACAAACUUCUUGCAGAUUACAUUCAAGUCCAUGGUGAUGGCAAAUGGAGAGACCUACCGCAAAAAGCAGGUUUAAAAAGAUGUGGCAAGAGUUGCAGGCUUCGGUGGUUGAAUUAUCUGAGGCCAGAUAUCAAGAGAGGAAACAUCUCUCCAGACGAGGAAGAUCUCAUCGUCAGGCUUCAUAGGCUCUUGGGAAACAGAUGGUCCCUGAUAGCUGGGAGGCUUCCGGGACGAACAGACAAUGAAAUAAAGAAUUACUGGAACACCAAACUGGGAAAAAAAAUACUGAAAAAUUACAAUAAAGCCUCGGCUCAUGAUAAAGUAGUUGAUAGUGAAAUCCAAUCUGCAAACAGAGCCUCACCUUCAUCAUCUCCAAAAAUGGCCUCACACGUGUUCCGCCCCAAGGCAUUUAAUUGUUCGAAGGAUUUUGUUCGCCAAGACUCACAACAUCAUGGAACUGAGAGCGACAAUGAUAAUAAUGUAAAGACAAGACCACCAGCAUCAUCUGUAAUGGUUGGAGAAACUCAUGUGCACCAUCAGCCCUUCAUGGAAGUACCUUCGCUUGCUAGCAGAGAAAAUAAUGAUGAUCCAAAGAAUUUAUUGAUGAACUUUGAAAUGGGAGAUGGAGAUCAUCAGCUUUUCAUGUUAGAACCUGCAGAUGCUCAUGCUUUCGCCAAUUUUGAAUUUUCCUACGACUUAAAUUAUGGCAACAAAAACAACAAUGGGGAUGAUUUUUCACCAUCGUCGCCUAUGCUCUUCUCAGAGGAAAUGCUGCAGGAUUUGACUACGACCACCGAUUAUGUUCAACCUCAGGGGUUUUCCUGUCUUAGUCCCUUCACUUCAUUUCUUGAUUCUGGAAGGGUAUGGCUAGGGGAUUGAGUUAUAACCAAUGAUCUCGUAUAUAAAUUAUUUUCUCUGUUUUUUUUUAAUAAAUGUUAGAUUUUAUUAGUGGUUUUCAAUAUUCAUAAACGUUGUACGAAAAUUUAACGCUUUCAUCUUGCUAAAACAAUUUCAACUCAACUCAACUCAACUAAGCCUUUAUCCCAAAAAUUUGGGGUCGGCUAUAUGGAUUCGCUUUUUCCACUCUGAACGAUUUUGGGUUAAAUCCUCAGAAAUGUGUAAUGCUUCUAAGUCAUGCUGUACUACUCUCCUCCAAGUCAAUUUAGGUCUACCCCUUUUUUUCUUUCUAUCCUCUAGCCUAAUGUGCUCUACUUGUCUAACUGGAGCCUCCGUAUGUCUACGCUUCACAUGACCAAACCACCUCAAUCUCCCUUCUCUCAACUUAUCUUCAAUUGGCACCACUCCUACCUUUUCUCUAAUACUUUCAUUACGGACUUUAUCUAGUCUAGUAUGGCCACUCAUCCACCUUAACAUUCUCAUCUCUGCAACUCUUAUCUUAGAUGCGUAGGACUCUUUCAGUGCCCAACACUCACUACCAUAUA